AUGCUCACCCUCCCCCGUAUCUCCAUCGACGUAUGGUGUGGUAUCCUUCCGUAUCUGGAAAUGAAGGAUGUUUGUGAGCUGACCAGGGUCAACAAGCACCUCGCAGCACUCAAACUUCCGGUUUUACAUCUGGGGUACCGGACAGUGAACUGGCGUGCUGUAUCUCGCACACCAGAGGUGUUUCCCUUUAUACGAUCGUUGAGAUAUUCCGGCAACGAUUUCAAGGUGUUGGCCGAGUGUGCUGGGCUAGUUAAGCUGCGGGCUGAAACACGCACGGGUUUCGUAGAUGUUGGUGAGCUGGCCGGAACGAAGCUAAAGAGCCUUACUUUAUGUGGAAACGUCUCUGGUAUUGGCGGGUUGGCACACUUGACGGAGAUAGACUUGGGCGGGACUAUGGUCGUCGAUGUUGGUGCGCUUGGAGAGUGUUUGAACCUAACGACUGUGGACUUGCGCGAGACUGAUGUCAAAAACAUUAGUGCCCUCAAAACCUGUUUGAAAUUGACACGUGUGGACGUUUGCGAUACUGCCGUGGAAGACAUUGGUGCACUCAGUGGCUGUCUGGAACUAAGGGAGGCCUACUUUAGCAACACUAGGGUCAGCAACAUUCGUGCACUCGAGAAUUGUUUGGAGCUGACGGAUGUUUACUUUCGUGGCACUAAGGUUUCCGAUAUUAGCCCGCUAGGGAACUGUUCCAAAUUAACAAGAGUGGAUUUGGGCGAGACUAUCGUUGAAGACCUUAGUGCUCUUGGAAGGUGUCGGGAGCUGACGGUUCUUUUCUUUAAUAGCACCAACGUUUGUGAUAUCAGCCCGCUGGGGAAAUGUUUGGAAUUGUAUAUAGUCGGGUUGUGUGGUACUAGAGUUCAAGACAUUAGCGCGCUAAGGACCUGUUCUAAAAUGUUUAGAGUGAACUUACUCGAGACUAGCGUUGAAGACACUAGUGUACUGAAGAAGUGCUUGGGAAUGACAGAGGUGUCUCGCGGGCGUUUUAUGAAAAUCUCUUAUUAA